AUGGUGGAUACAUCGUCUACUUACUAUGGGUGCGCCGAUGGCGGUCUGGCCAAGGGAUGCAAGCAGUUCUAUCCAUCUUUCUCGACAAGCAUCGCGUCAACAGCUUCUUUUGAUUCUACAAUCAUGGUCUUCUUCCCCGACAACGUCUCUCGCCGUGACCGCGCCCUUCAGCUCCAAGACGACAUCGUCUCUCUUCAGAAGAGCGCGAUCAAGUUGAAGGACGCCAUGGAUAAACAAGACGACCGUAUGGUGCCCUAUAUCAAUGAGUAUCUCGAGAAGAAUGGCAUGGCCAGCUUCUCUGAGCUGCAAGACAAACUUGCAGCCGCGUUGACCCCCGAGCAACAGAAGCAAUAUCAGGAUCUUGUUGACAACUCUGCCAAGGCGGAGAAGGAUAACAAAAUCGCAAUCAUUGCUAUCACCACGAUUGCACUGUCGUCAGGUAUCAUCGCCGGGUCUAUCAAAACUGCUAUCCUGUUGCGCGCCGCGAGCCUGAUGGAAGUUUUGCGCGCGUACGCCCGCGCGUUUGUCACCCUUGUGACGGAGGGUGUAGAGGCGGGCCUACGGGCCUUUAACCUAGCAGCAAUCGCCGCUCGAUGGGUCGAAGGUCAGCAUGUUCUCACCCACCACGAGAUAAACCUCACAGCCUCUUGGGAUACAGAAUCCGUGGCUGAAGCUACCGAACAAGUCGCAGGCUACGCUGCAAACGCGAGCCGCUAUCUCGGCUUCUUGUCCAUUGUAGGCAUACUGUCCGAUGGAUUCAUCUUGGUAUACACCUACUUCUCGGAGAAAGAGCAGAAGGAGGAGCUCCAGAAGGCGAUUAAGGAGCUCUAUGUCAGCCGCAUCGUUGCGAAGGUCUUCGCCCAAAUGUGCGACGCUAUCAACACCGAGAGCGGAUUGAUGUUGAGUUACAUGAUCUUAGUGGGGGACAGCACGAAGACUACGAGCGAAGACCAGCAAGCGGCUGACAAGAUUGCCGAUGGGUGGGUCCAGCAUGUGAAGGACGCGUGGAGUGAAAUCACCACGACAUCUUCCUUAGACCUUCUUAUCCUCCUCGAUAAGCAGCGAGGUAGCUGGCUCAACGACGACCCGAGCUACCAAGAUGCUAUCGCUGCUGCAGACGAUAAAAUCAAGGCCGACCCUCCUCAGUCGGGAGCUGCAGUUGCGAAAAUCAAUACUGCGAAAGCUGUCAAAGCUGCCGCUCAUAGCGUCGCCGCUGCUCAUGACGAGUUCUGGCCCCAGUCUAUGCAUCACUUAUCUGCAGCCGUCCUUCACGUGGAGGACUUAAGGAAGGAGAAGUUGAAGGCUGAUCUGAAGUCUGUUAUCAAGCCAACUAUUGGUAACUUGUAG